AUGUCUCCCCACUUCAAAAUGGAUACGGGUGGUGAGGCCAGUACCAGUGCUUCGCGUACUGCCCUCAGCCAUUUUCGCGCGACUUCCAUUGAUACAAAACCUCGAGUCACAGGUCUGGAAUUUUCUGGUAGUCCCACCUUCCCUCCUCUGCUGUCCAGCGAAGCCUCAGACCUCGCACUUCAGAAGGACAGAACCAUUGCUGUGUUGGGGAAAAGGGCGAACAGGCAACGAAUAGGGGCCAUCGAAGCUGUGUUGUGGCUGGCCGGAAUAGGCCGAGCUAUCGAUCUGUUUUCAAAACUCCGACUGUUUCUCGCUUUCCUCCACGACGACGACUAUAAAAACGACGGCAGCCCCGCUAAACCACGAACAAACCGGAAUCUGGGACCUCCUCUGGUGUCGCAAGACUUGAGCGAUAUCGAGGACCGUAAACGGCAUCAUUUCGAGCCAAAAAAGAAAUAG